GAACAAUAUGGCGGAUCAUUUUGAAAAACUUUGUUCUUUUCGGUUUUUAGAAAGCUUGAAAGUUGAGAAAUAUAAGUCCAAACGGACUGGAAUUACACUAUGUUUUGUAGAAGUGCCUGGGCCGCUUGUUAAUGGCUAUUUUACUUUAGGUAAGGCUUUAAAAAUAAGUUGAUUUGGCAUGUACAUUUACACUAUAUAAAUUGUUGGUGUUUCGCUCAUCUAGCCGUGUUUAUGUGUUUGUACAAGUAUUGUAUUAUAUUGUUGUGUUGUGUGAAAAACUAUUGUAUAUGGUUAUCUUAAUCUUAUAUUUGUUCUGUACGAGUAUAUAUGUUUGCACUAAUAUCAAAUUUUUAUGAAGUAUUUUAUAUUACAAUAAUUACAUAAUAAUAUAUCAUAUAUGGCAAUUUAAUAGCAAUCAGAUUAUCAGAACACAAUAAGUUGUUUUACUAAGCUACAACAAUGAUUUUGUCUAGCUACUGAAGCCCACGAUGAUGAUGGCCUGCCUCACACAUUAGAACACUUAGUGUUUAUGGGGAGUGAAAAGUACCCCUACAAGGUUUGGUAUGCUAGUUGGGAACGAUAGGGAGUUGGGUAGUCAGAGGGCGUCAAUGCCCACACUAAACGCCUGCUACAGUCGUACGUGAUAAGAGUGCUUCCAGUUUGACUCUACGAAACAGUAUAGGUUUUCUCCAAUAAAUGCCAUUGCUGGAUCAUUCUCUAGAACUGAUAGUCCGCUAUCCAGUAUAAAUAAAGUUCGUUUUCCUCCUGUAGUAACACUGGAUCAAUAAGAGAUAAUUCUUACUGAAUCUCUAAAAAGAACAGUCUAGAACUGAUAGAGCUAUCUAGUGUAAAUAGAGUUAGUUUAGUUUAGGUUUCCUCCUGUAGUAACACUGGACUAAUAAGAGAUGAUCCUUACUGGACCUCUAGGAAGAACAGUUUAGAACUGAUAGAGCUAUCUAGUAUAAAUAAAGUUAUUUAGUUUAGGUUUCCUCCUGUAGUAACACUGGAUCAAUAAGAGAUGAUCCUUACUGGACCUCUAUGAAGAACAGUUUAGAACUGAUAGAGCUAUCCAGUAUAAAUAAAGUUAGUUUAGUUUAGGUUUCCUCCUGUAGUAACACUGGAUCAAUAAGAGAUGAUCCUUACUGGACCUCUAGGAAGAACUGUUUAGAACUGAUAGAACUAUCCAGUAUAAAUAAAGUUAGUUUAGUUUAGGUUUCCUCCUGUAGUAACACUGGAUCAAUAAGAGAUUAUUCUUACUGGACCUCUAGGGAGAAUAGUUUAGAACUAAUAGCUAUCCAGCAUAAAGUUAAUUUAGUUUUUCUUUCCUAAUUGAAGGGUUUACUGGAUUUAUUUGCAAACCGUUGUUUGGCACAAGGAACAAAUGCUUGGACAGACACAGACCAUACAUGUUACACAAUGACAACAGCGGGCAGCGAAGGAUUCUUAAAUCUGCUGCCAAUAUACCUUGAUCAUAUUUUGUAUCCUACAAUUACGGUAAAUAAUCGCAGAAUUUGCUUUCACAAUGUUUAGUGGUUUUUAGGUGUCUGGGGCAGUUCAGAUGAAAUUAAUCAUGGUAGUAAUAUAUUUGUAUGCAACUCUAUAUAUAGGAUGAAUGGAAAAGGGUUCUUAAAUCAUUAUUCUGUUAUGAGUUUUUGUACGUUUGCAUGGCGAUAAAACAUAUAAUAUAUUUUUGUUUGUGGAAACACCACAUAAAUUGAUAACUGCAAAGCUUUCGAUUUGUAUGCCCGAUGAAGAUAAGCACUUGUCUGAUGAAGAUCCGGGCUUACGGAUUGAAAGCUUUGCAGUAAUAAAUUUACAUGUUUUUUUCACAAACAAAACUAUUAUAUUAUUCUGUCUGUUUGCUAAUUCAUCUAUCUGUGUGUUUGUCUGUUGUUUUUUUUUAUUUAUCCAUCCUGUAUCGGCUUGUUCAGGCUGACAGACAAAGUGACUAGUGAACAAACAGACUAAUGAAGAAAAAGACUAAUAAAUGAGAACAUUCCAACAGAUAUAUAAGAAAGUUGCAUAUUUAUGCAGAUAUAAAGAGACAAUAACGGUUGUAAGAGAGACAGGCAGAUCAAUAAACACGAUGCUCGUAGAAACAGUGCACUGAGAACAGGCAGAAAAUAAGACAGAAAAAUGGACAAAAUACGAAGAACAGAAAGAAUGAACAAGCAGAUCUAAACAGGAAUGCAAUUUGCUUGAUAAAUAAAUACAUUGUAGGAUUUAAGCAUCAGCAAGGUUUUGUCAACAAUAUGUCACACACAUACAGAAAUGAGCUAAAUUCUAGCAUCCAAUUUCCAAAGGUCUUAGGUUUGAUUCCCACCGUGGUCAGGCAUAUUUUUCAAGCUUGCCUGGUGUGGAUAUACACUCAGAGUAACAUCACAACAUCCAUUAUACAGUGUAGCAUCAGAUGUUCUUGCUUGAAAUCACCUGAACAUGGUGUAACAGUGUUGAUUGUCGUUCUUCAUUUCAAGCAAGAUAUGCUAUAAAUCCUGGUACACACUAUCAAAGGAAUUUUGCAUUGUAGGCAAAUUCUAAGUUUUGAAAGAUUUGUAGGAAAUAUUUGAGGGAACUGACUCAGUGUUUACUGUAUUUACAGUAUAAAAAAUUCCCACUGUGACCACAAACAGUGACUGAAUUAUGUGACCUUUGGCUUUGCUCUUGGCAAAAGCAUGGUGUGCUUAUAAACCUAUGAUCUCUAGGAGUCAGCCUAUCUCACAGAGGUACACCAUAUCAAUGCGGAAGGCGAGAAUGCUGGAGUGGUCUACUGUGAAAUGCAAGCCAGAGAGAACUCGGGAGAAAGUCGCACACAUCUUACAUUACUUAGAAAUAUCUAUUCUGGUCACUGUGGAUAUAAGGUAAACCUUAAAAGUAAACCUUAAGGUUACAGAACACCUUUGAGUGUUAAUUUUGCCCAAAAAAAAUUUAUUGGUUUCCAUGAAAGCAUUAGACUAGUUCUACUAUCUGACCAAGUUUGAACGAACAAUGUUGAAAACUCGCAGAGUUAUUUAAUAAAAUACAUUUCGCUGCAAUAAGAAAAACAUUGAAAAUGUAAUAUUCAAAUUCAAUUUUCUCCCGAAAAAGUUUACGGUAAUUACUGAUUUUCAAACGAGUUGUGCUCCUGCGGGUUUUAACUAAUUUUUCUCAAAUUUUCACAGGACAUAGCUAAAGACGUCAGUUUCAAAAUUCUGUUCGGCUUUUUUUAAAUUUUGGAUAUUUUAAAAAUAAAGAGCAAUUCAUUCAAACAAUUCAGAAAUAUAUUGCAGUCGUCAAAGAAAUCGCCAUAUCAGCGGAAUGACGAAAUAAACAAAAAUUUCCGAACACAAUUUUUUAGAACAACUAUUUUACUGUAUAAAAAUGAUAUUUUCAUAAAUAUAACUUAAAACCAGCAGGAGCAUAACUCAAAAGCGUAACGGUACCGCGAUUUAAGAUUUUCCUGAAUAAUUCUUACAUUAUUUUAUUGUUUGUUAAUUUUACAACUUUACCAUAUUUUGCAUGCACUGGAGAACAUUUGGUGAAAAUUUGAUGAAUAUCGGACUGAUAUUGAGCGCGCAGUAGCGAUUUUCCGCAAAACGCCAAAAAAGGUGUCCUGUAACCUUAAACCGAGUUAAACCUUGAUUGGAGCUUGCUCUGUUGUUUAACGCCCCUCAUGGAAAUCAGCUUCAGUUGAUGGGGUCAGCGUGUUUAAAUAAAGUUUAUCUAAGAUUUAAGAUUGUCUUGUUGACUUUUAAAUGUAUAUAUGGUUUAGCUCCUCAAUACCUUCUGAGACUUAUAUCUAUUAGGACAAACUCUAGAUAUAGUGUGAUAUCAUGUGAUAGCCUAUCUCUUACACCACCUAGUGGAAAAUGUUUCGCUACACUUGGUGAUAGAGCAUUUCAGUCGGCUGCUCCAAAACUCUGGGACGGUUUAUCCGCUAAUAUUCGUUGCAUUAACUCGUUUUUGUCAUUCAAAACAGCAUUGAAGACAUAUUUAUUUAGACUAGCUUUUAGGUCUUGGAUGAUCUAUUUUAACAAUAUUUUAUCAUGUAUACUUAUAGAUAUGAGUAGUGUUAGGUUCAUUAUUGUAAUGCGCAUGUGAACUUAUUUCCAUGCUAACAUGCGCAAUAUAAAUUCAAUAUAUUACUAUUAUUAUCUAUAAAGGUACGAAAGUUUAUUAAAACUAAAACUAAAGGUGAUCAAAUUGAAAUAGCUAAAUGGCACUUCGUUUUUCAUUACCCAGUUUACCCUGUUUGUACUUUUAUACACUAUACACUACACAAUACCCUGUUUGUACUUUUUAUACAUUUUGUGUACAUCAUUUUAGUCAGAGACGGGAGGAAUAAUGGAAAACCUAAGAACAUCUUGUAGUCACAAAAAGGUACACAACUCUGAACUACAUACAGUACCUAAACUAAAUUAUCGUACACUGCGCAAACAAUUAUGUUCUUGAAAUUAUUUAGAGGUGUUUCUUCCCUUUUACUCAAUUUUUGUUUUUAAAAUGGGUCCAUGUUGUAUUUAAGGUUUGCGACUACCAUCAUGAGUUUUAUCGUCCUGAGAACUUAUGUUUAUUAAUCACUGGACAAGUGAAACCAGAGGAUGUCUUUGAAAGAAUCAAGUCAUUUGAGGAGAAAAUACUUUCUAAAGUUAGUUACUGCGAACUUUUUACACAACAUCUAUUUUAACGUGUUAUUAUUAGUGUUUUAUCAUGUUACGAGUCCUGUUUCCACCACUUAGCUUUAUUUAUACUGGAUAGCUCUACCAGUUCUAAAAUGUUCUUCCUAGAGGUGCAGUAUGAAUCGUCUCCUAUUGAUCCAGUGUUACUACAGGAGGAAACCUAAACUAAACUAACUUUAUUUAAUACUGGAUAGCUUUAUCAGUUCUAAAAUGUUCUUCCUAGAGGUCCAGUAAGGAUCGUCUCUUAUUGAUCCAGUGUUACUACAGGAGGAAACCUAAACUAAACUAACUUUAUUUAUACUGGAUAGUUCUAUCAGUUCUAAACCGUUCUUCCGAGAGGUCCAGUAAGAAUCAUCUCUUAUUGAUCCAUUGGAGAUACCGGUAGUGUUGGAUAAACUCACUUUUCUCACAUGUGACUGAGGUGAAAUUAUGAUGAGACAAGUGUUUAUGUGAGUGCACUAACCACUAGACCACAAACACUGCUUUCAGAUUGAACGUCCGCCUCAUGUGAGACCGUGGCAAAGCGCUGUUCCAGAUUUAGAAGAAUCAGUGACAACUAAAAUUCAAUUUCCUUCUGAUGACGAAGAAACAGGCUUGGCUCUGAUUGGCUACCGUGGUCCUAAAGCAACAGUAAGUAUUGUCUACCAGUGCAAAUGUAGAAGACAUAUGAAUAGCGAAACAUGAUAAAUCUGAUUGCAUGAAGAUGCUAGACUGCAGUGUUGAAACUUUGGUUCGUGAAUGUAAUCUGUUUGGGGAUCAGAGUAGCAAAACAUGUUUGGUUUAGUUUAAUUCUCACUCGUUGGUGAGCGGAUUUCCCAAUUAAUAUGGGAUCCGAGGUACCCACAAUUUAAUGUUCUUAUCCGAGAAGACGCGAAUGUCUAACCAUUUACUCAUAUCAAUGUAAAGGUAUCACCUCCUCUUCAAUUAUUUUAAGACCUUGAGUGGAGGUCCAAGCAGAGAUUGAACCCAGGUCUCCCAACUUGACCACGACACUACAAGUCUCAUAUCAUGUUCCGUUUCCAGGAUGAUUUUUCAAUCCAAGCCAUGAAAGUGAUCAUGACAUAUCUCACCGAUUCUCCUGUGGCCACUCUUCAACAAAUCUUAGUGGAAUGCCCAGAUCCUUAUUGCAGCGAUGUGGGUUUUGAUUUUAUUGAAAAUUCUGAGGGAUGUCUUUAUAUCACGGCAGAGAAUGUUCCCACGGAGAAACUGGAUGAAGUCGUACCAAGGUAAAUCGUCAGGUGAACUUUGUCACUUCAAAACGCUUAUUCCUGUAGCCCAGAAACCGGAUACGAGGUGUUUGACUGGAAGCAGUCAUUCAACUUUUGGCUGAGAUGAAAAUGAAAUGAGAUUAUGAGAGACAACUGCACAUAACAGGAAUGGAUCCUGCUCUAUUGCUCUAACAACCACUGUGUUAUCAACGCCCUACCCAGUCUAAGAUCAAUUAGCUUAUUCAUAUCUUUCAUUCUAAACAUUGUUAUGUUCAUGCUAGAAUAACAAAGGCUAUUCAAGAUGUAGUUGGCAGAAAAGUUGAGUUAGACAUGAAACGAAUGGCAGCAGUUAUUCAUAGAGAGAUUUUGGAUGCGAUGGACAAGGUAUUAUAUAAAGAGAACAUCGCUGGAUUUCUGAAGAUUAUAAUGAAGUCGUUUCUAAUUACUUACAAAUAAUAAUGAUAAUUAUAUUAAUUUUUUAAUUAAUUAAUUGCAAAUUUGUCAAUUUGUUAUAGAUCGAGGAUAAACCUCAUUAUACAUUUGCUGGCUUUUGCAUCGGAGAUUUUCUGUAUUCCACUCAACCAGACCAGGUAUUUUACACACUACAUAUUAUACACCCUAAGCUUUAUAUUGUCUUUCCAAUACCAAAUUCAAACGGUUGGCUUUCAUGAUUAACUAUUUUUCUCGUUUUAGCUUUUAGAUAAAGUUGAUACAAUUCGUCACUUAAAGAAAUUGACUGAGCAGACCGAAGAUUUUUGGAUUGAAUUUUUAGAUAAAUAUUUUGUAAAGGCGACAUCUGUUACAGUAAGUUUAUAUUUUGUAUGUGAUGUUACUCUGAGUAAAAUAUCUAUGGAAGUUUCAGAUACGACAGCGUUUGGUGGAGUCGACCCAAUAAUUUGAGUCUCUUAAUUUCCGACCCAAUACUUUGACGACCCAAAAAUUUAAGCUUCAUAAUUCGAGCCUCUAUCUUCAUGUGAAUCUCUCUUCAGUCACAUGACAUAUUCCUUGCAGGUGAUUGGCGAACCAAGUCAGAAGUUAAUGACUGAAAUGUCAGAGACUGAGAAAGACCGCGUGAAGCAACAGCAGGAGAGACUGGGACCGAAUGGUCUGAAAGAACGUGGAGAACGAUUAAAAAAAGCAAACGAGGAAAACGGGGUUAGAAAUUUAGAAACUUCAGAUAUUAAACUGUCUAUGUACUAUUUAAAACAUGAGCAGGAGUGUUUUAUCAGAUAUAAAACGUGAGGCUUAAUGAGACAACCGCAAAUAACCACUGUGAAUAUUCUUUAUUCAGGUUGAGCCACCAUCAGAGGUGGUCAGCAGUCUUCCAAUACCCUCGAUCGCAAGUAUCAAUUUUCAUGAAGUGAAGACCGCAAGUAAUCUUGGGAAAUUAUCGGAUGACGUCAUCACUUCAAAAGUCCCGGUUACCAAUAUUCCGUAUUCCUUUCAAUUGGAUCAUAUCUCCUCUUUGUUUAUUGAGGUGGGACUGAAGUUAUAGUUCAUCAUAUGAUAACAGAGGGCUUCAAUUUGACUUUCACUACCUCUCGCUGCCCUGGUACGCAUUUGAUUGGUCAAUCGGAUACAUUAAGGCAUCUGAUUGGUUAAUGAUUGCUAACGGUAGCGUUCAAAUCUAAACCUCUCUAAUGUUUGCUGGAUCAACACGACCACUCGCAUUUUUUAGCUUUUAUUUUAUUUUGUUCUCAUUUCUAGCUAACUGUUCUUCUGGAUACGAGUGUUCUACCUGAACAUUUGAAAGACUAUCUCAGUCUAUAUAUUGCAGUGAUACUAGAGUCCCCUGUAUUGAGGAACGGAGGUGAGCUUCUCCUACUGAAGUACUAGCUCUGUAUGAUCUAACCACAACUCAACAACGAGGUCUGUACAACAUUAGUUCACUUUAAGGUGUCCUAUAUUGAUACAUCUUAUUAUUCCCUAGUUCUUGUAUCACACGAGGAAAUCGUCGCUCAACUGACACAAGAUACCUUGGAUCAUGACACUUCACUCGGACUGAACGGAAGAAGAUUUAGACCUGGCAAAUUUCCACAGCUUGCUGUUCUUAAGUUUAAGGUGCUGAAUUAAACUAACUUUAUUUAUACUGGAUAGCUCUAUCAGUUCUGAACUGUUCUUCUAGAGGUCCAGUAAGGGUCAUCUCUUAUUAUUCCAGUGUUACUACAGGAUGAAACCUAAACUAAACUAAACUAAACUACACUAAACUAAACUAAACUAAACUAAACUAAACUAAACUAAACUAAACUAAACUAAACUAAACUAAACUAAACUAACUUUAUAUACUGGAUAGGUCUAUCAGUUCUAAACUGUUCUUCCUAGAGGUCUAGCAAGGGUCAUCUCUUAUUGAUCCAGUGUUACUACAGGAGGAAACCUAAACUAAAUCAAUUUUAUUUAUUCUGGAUACCUCUAUCAGUUCUAAACUGUUUCUCGUUGAGGUCCAGUAAGGUCAUUUCUCCAAACCUCGGUUACAGAGGUGUAACCGCGAAGCCACAUAUGCCAUAAUUUUGCAUUUUUAGAUUGAAAUGGAAAAAUACACCGUCGCUAUUGAACUACUUCGUGACUUGCUGUACAAUACCCAGUUUACUGUGGAAAGAAUUAAUGUCGUUGCUAAGAAAAUGAUCAAGGAAGUUACACAGUGAGUUAGAUAUCACAGUAAACUAAACUUUUUUAUCCUGGACUGCCUGACCUUUCUAUACUGGAGUACACCGGCAGAGUUUGCUAAAUUUCUCGUUGUAAUUUAGAAUGAAACGUGCUGGACGGAAUGUUGUCACUGCCUUGAUUAAAGAUAACACGUUUUCUUCUCGUGAGUAAAAUGUUUUUGUUGUGUCUACUUUACGUCUCUGAGAAUUUCUCGUACCAUGUACAGUGGUGUUUUAAUCAUUUUCCAUCUGAAAGAUCUAGUAAGGAAAUUGUUUCCCUAAUUUACCAUUGCUGACGUGUUUUCCUAGAGAGUCCUUACCGUUUCUGCAAUUUCAUUCAUCAGCAACAAUUCUUGAACAAAAUAUUGAAAGAAGCAAAAAGCAAUCCUGAUAAGGUAAUUGUGGUCAUGAUCAAUUGAUUAAUGAUUGAUUGAUUGAUUGAUUAAUUAGUUAAUUGGUUCAUUAGUGAUUGAUUGAUUAAUUUAUUUAUUAUUGAUUAACUGAUCGAUCGAUUGAUUGAGUCAGCGUUACAUGACAAGCAUAUGGUGGUCAAACUUUAGAAAUGUUGACACUGACAAGAGCAAGAAAAUUUAACUACAUCUUUUAAUUUUUUCCUCCAAAUACAAGACUACUAUAUAUAAUGAAAGAAUGAACAUUAUUUUCUCACUCUGAUAACUGCAGGUUAACCACCAUCUGCUGCACGAUAGUGUUUUAGUGAAACUCGUAGAAAUAAUGGAUAUAGAAUGCGUACUCCUGUCUUUUCUCGCUCAAAAUUUUGGGUGUUUAAACUCGCCCAGACUCGUGCGGCAGGGAAAUUCGCGCGGAUUUCAAUAUGACGGAUAUAAUAGGACACGCACGAGAAAAAGUGGAGGCGUAAUUCUGAUCAAAUACGCAUUUUAUAUCUAUGAUUUCUGUGGUGAAACUUGAAUGACGUAACUUGUAUACAUUAUAUUUUCAUAUCAGGUCAUUUCGGACUUAUCUCAACUGCGGGAAAAACUGACGAAUCAUAACAACGUACGUGUCCACGUGACUACAAAUGUGAAGAACCUGCCCGAGAAAGCCAACGAGAUUUGGGAGAGUGGUUUUGUACCAGGAAUACCAGCAGCCCCUGCUCAACAGUAAGUGAAGAAGAAUUUUCUAAACUAGUGUUAUCGGAAUAUAACAACUAUACUUGUGUAAAGGUCUUAUCCUAUCCUUACCCAAACAAUAAUUUCAAUCUUAACCUAAAUUCUAACUCUUAUCUUAACUUUGAUGAUAGCCCUAAAGGCCCCGUUUCACUUGCAAGUUUCGCUGCGAUUUCUAGUGCGAAAAAAAUUAUUUCUGAUUAAAAAUUAUUUCUGAUUUUCUAGUGCGAUUUCCAGUGCGAUUUUCGUCUUCUGAUGCACGUGAAAGAGCAGAUGAGUUAUGAAUGUUCUAAGUAUAUGUACUCCUUAUCUGAACGUUCAUAAUACAUCUGCUCGUUCACAUCCAUGAGAAGAAUAGACGCAAGUGUAACACGGGCCUUAACGCUUAGUCCUAACAUUUAUCAUAACUCUAAAGCCUGGUCCACAGUAGCAAUUUUGUCGGCGAUUUUGUGUUUCUAACGGAUGUAAAUGAGUGAACUCACACACAAAAGUAUAAAGUCGCUUUCAGAAGUAAACAAUUCUAAGUCUUUUGCAUGUCAUUCGUUCCAUCACAUUUGCCAAGAGGAGAAAUAUCGACGAACAGAAUGCUAGUGUGAACCAGGCUUAAUCCCCACCGUAAUCCUAUAAUCUUAACCCUAACUCCCUAAUCCUAAGUCUGAAACUUUAAUCCUAAAUUUAAACCAAUCCUCGUCAUAUUAAACCCUAAUCCUGGCAUUAUGUUUUCUCUCAAGUUUGCUAGAUUUACAGAACGUGAGUGCAUGUCUUCGUGAAGGUGAUGUUAAAAGUAAGAUUGUUGGAGUGGGUUCUGUCGAGUCAUCCUUCCUUGUGCAAUGUUGUCGUGGCAUCGAUAGCUUUACUCAUCCUGAUUUUGCUCCCAUCUUGGUCUUCAUGGAGUACAUGAUUGCGUUGGAGGUAAAUUUACAGCUUAUGGUAGCUACUGUACCUUGAAUAUUAUACUGGAUAGCAGUCCUAGACAGUUCUCCCUAGAGGUCCAGUAAGGAUCAUCUCUUAUUGAUCCAGUGUUACUACAGGAGGAAACCUAAACUAAACCAACUUUAUUUAUACUGGAUGGCUCUAUCAGUUCUAAACUGUUCUUCCUAGAGGUCCAGUAAGGAUCAUCUCUUAUUGAUGCAGUGUUACUACAGGAGGAAACCUAAACUAAACUAACUCUAUUUAUACUGGAUAGCUCUAUCAGUUCUAAACUGCUCUUCCUAGAGGUCCAAUAAGGAUUAUCUCUUUUUGAUCCAUUGUUACUACAGGAGGAAACCUAAACUAAACUAACUUUAUGAUGGCCAAAUUAUGAUCAGACAUUCAGCAUGACAUUUUGGUGUUUCAGAGAAAAUUUCACGCAGUUUAAUGCUACAUAUUUCUAGGGUCCGAUGUGGCGUACGAUUCGUGGUUUAGGACUAUCAUAUCAUUACAGGUAUGGAAUAUGUAUAGUACUAUGAUGGUUUAGAAAUGGCACUUUAGAUUGUAAUUUAUUAUCGAGUUUCUGUUGAGUUUGUUGUAUAGAAAGGUCCGUUCACCUAUAGCAAAUGUGGUUAUGGUUGACAAACCAAAAAUCUAACAUUUUCUUUUCCAGUAUGUUUUGUGAUCCUGAACAAGGGUUGAUAUAUUUCGUCUUAUUCAAAGCAAGUCAUCUUGUGAAGGCAUAUGAGAAAGCGCAGGAAAUCAUGGUAAGGUUACAGCUGGGUUUCACCAAGGGGCGAAGUAUUACGGCUGGGAGGUGUAAGCUGUUUUGCUAAAAUUGCUGACAAUACUGCAAUAUUACAACUUUGGGGGUGUCCCCACCCCCCCCCCCCCCUAGUGUAGCACAUGGUGGUCAAUCGUAAACGAAAAUCUAUUACCAGACUGACUAGAUUGUUCUCUCUAUAUAUUGCCCUUGUGCUGGGAAACAUUGUUCACUAUAAUAAGUGUUAUGUGACUCGCAUGUUUUGUCUCUAGAAUGACUAUCUCUCUGGUAAUGUCCCAUAUGAUGCAGUCCAGUUGGAGUCCGCGAUCAGUAGUGUAAUAUUUGAAAUCAUUGGGCAGGAGGAGUCUGUUGGUGAUGCUGCUUUUGAGGUGAGGAAACUUAAUAGAGCUGAUAGAGGAGAUCCAGUAUAAAUAAAGUUAGUUUAGUUUAGGUUUCCUCCUGUAGUAACACUGGAUCAAUAAGAGAUGAUCCUUACUGGACCUCUAGGAAGAACAGUUUAGAACUGAUAGAGCUAUCCAGUAUAAAUAAUGUUAGUUUAGUUUAGGUUUCCUCCUGUAGUAACACUGGAGCAAUAAGAGAUGAUCUUUACUGGACCUCUAGGAAGAACAGUUUAGAACUGAUAGAGCUAUCCAGUAUAAAUAAAGUUCAGUACCUUAAACUUAAGAACAGCAAGCUGUGGAAAUUUGCCAGGUCUAAAUCUUCUUCCUAGAUGACCCUUACUGGACCUCUAGGGAGAACAGUUUAGAACUGAUAUCUAGAUAUCCAGUAUAGAUAAAGUUAGUUUAGUUUAGUUUAGUUUAGUUUAGUUUAGUUUAGUUUAGUUUUGUUUAGUUUCCUCCUGUAGUAACAAAUACAACGUCUAUAGGGAAAACAGUUUAGAAUUUAUAGAGCUACAGUAUCUAGUAUAAAUAAAAUAACCCGUCAGUUAUAUUAUAAAAUCAUACAUAUUUUUUCACGUUUUAGAAUCUUUUGUCGCAGUUAAGAAAUGUUGGAAAAGACCACAAUAAGUAAUGAAGUUUUUAAAAAAUUACCGAAAGAGAUAAAAGAAAGUUGCUGUUGGAAUUCAUGAAUUUUUGUUAAUUUUUUCUUCCAGACGUCUGUUAGAAAAGAUUUCUAAAGUUUCGUUGGAAGAUUUGAGAAAAGUUGGUGAGAAAUAUUUCACUCGACUGUUCUCAGUAGAGCAAUCUAACUGUGCCAUUUGUUGUCAUCCUUCGAAGGUUGAUGAGAUUCAGACCUCCUUCCAGAAGUAAGUAAGAUUUAUAGAUGAUUUUUAUGAAGCUUCACCGGGGAUCAUUUGAAAUAAUGACCGUUGACUCAUUUUAUUUCAAUUAUUUUUAGUUUUGGGCGACAACUUUCCGUCGUUUCCUCAUUAGAUGAAGAAAUGAAAUGAUUGAAAUAAAUGAACGUCCAUUUUAGAGCUAUCACACCCCUGAACAAGUAAUGGUAAAACUGGAAAGGUCUGAUAAUGAUGUUAAGAUUCUCGCGCAACUGACAAUUGUAACGAAUUUGUUCUUAUUAUUUAUUGAUAUACUGUAUGAGAUACUAUAUUAAUAUAUAUAAAACUACUUGAACUUUAUUUCUAAUGAAUAGUUCUAUCAGUUCAAAACUAUUCUCCUUAUUCAGUAAGAUUAACCAUCUCUUAAACUAAACUAACUUUAUUUAUACUGAAUAGCUCUAUCAGUUUUAAACUGUUCUUCCUAGAGGUCCAGUAAGGGUCAUCUCUUAUUAAUCCAGUGUUACUACAAGAGGAAACCUAAAC